AGGGACAGGUGUAUACAGGUGUGUACAGGUGUUUUAUAAACAACAAGAUGCCAAUUAUUGCAGCUUUUGGUCAACGUAUCAAACCCAAAAGGUGCUGCCCGCAGUGGAAAUGAUGCACUUCUUGUGGAGGCAAUUCAGGCCAGUUCCAUGGUGGCAGUGGGACUGGCUCUGGCAGCAGCCGGGUUUGCAGGUCGCUACGCCAUGCAGGCCGUGAAGCAGAUGGAGCCGCAGGUGAAACAGGCCCUCCAGUGCUUCCCCAAGACGGCUUUCGGAGGGGGAUUCUACAGAGGUGGGUUUGAACCAAAGAUGAACAAGAGAGAAGCGACCCUCGUUUUGGGUGUCAGUCCCACGGCAAACAGAACUAAGAUCCGAGAAGCCCACAGGAAGCUGAUGAUCCUGAACCAUCCAGAUAGAGGUGGAUCUCCCUACCUGGCAGCAAAGAUAAAUGAAGCGAAGGAUCUGAUGGACGGACAGACGAAGAAACAGAACUGAAGGUGCUGGUGACGUUAAUGUGACGUCACACUGCUCUUGAUCAAGUUGUGUGACCGACUGUCCUGCACAAGCGCCAGACUUUUCUAACGGAUUAUUGUCCAAUAAAAAUCACACUGUACAAACUGUUAA